AUGAGGAAUUCCUCCCAGCGAAUCACCCUCAAUGUCGCACGCCUCUUUCACACUUCAGUCGCCGGGCCACGGCUGAGGCCCCAUCGACAAUUCCAUCUCACCUCUUUAGCUAGCUUCCCUCGAAAGCGAAGCUUCUUCACCUCGAAUCCCUACCUGUCUCAAGUCGACGACGGGUCCCGUUCCGCCUCUGAACUCUCAAAGGAAGAAAAAGGUCCUGCUUCUUCAAAGAGGAAGCCCACUCGAUCGAAUACAGCCAAGAAUUCAUUACGUCGAGUUGCCAUCAUUGCUCAGCAGCCCAAACGAGGCGGCGCAACAGCACCAGGAAACCCCAGCGAUGAACCCUCAAACGUGGUUAGCGCGACCUGCGUCGCAGAAUCCUUCAAAAUGCCUGUAGUUCUCGAGAUUCUCUCGUCGCAUGGUUUUGACAUUGACCCGGAUGGCACGGGAUUCGACGCAAAUGAGGUGGUCCAUGCAAGAGGUGUAAAUGGUGGAGACAUCUUUGUCUUUCCGUCCGGCACAAUUGUGACUUGGUCGCUACCUCCAGAUGUCGUCACAAGACAGAUCAUGCGUGCUGCUGAAGAAGCGCACUCGAUCGAAAGUCGAGAGUUUGAGGAUCUCGAAUUCACGACCGACACAAACCGAGAAGCAAGUGUGCUUAAGGGCGAUGUCAUUGUUCUUGGUACUCGCAAGGAGCACAAAGAGGCCGAUAAGCUAGACACUACUCUAGCAAAGGUUGCUUUCUCGUCGGGUCUCGCUCGAAGCACAAAACUUGCUGUUCUCGAAACGGCCCUGACGUCGUACUUUGAAAGCACACGCAAUAUCCCCGCACUGCUCUCACAAGGUGCUGGUAUACCUCUUGGUCGAAAGUUCAUCCUACAAAAGACAGGCGAACUCCUCAGUCUGCGUGCUCGUCUUAACCACUACUCUGAACUCACCGACUCAUUACCUGAUAUCUUCUGGGACACCAGCUCCGAUCUUGGCCUAGAAGGUUACUACGAACAAGUUGGCCGUGCACUCGAUGUAAACGUCCGAAUCCGUGCAUUGAAUCAAAAGAUGGACUACGCUGCCGAAAUCGCCAGCGUUCUGCGUGAGAUGUCCAGUGAGCAACAUGGCACUCGCCUAGAAUGGAUCAUCAUCGUGCUCAUUGCCGUUGAGGUCAUCUUUGAGUUACGUCGCAUUGUGCUUGAGAUGCUCCAGGAACGGGAAGAACGGAAGCUUGCGGCUGAACUGCCAAAGCCUGUGGUGACACCACCAGCAUAG